AUUUUUUUCACUUUUCGUAUGGCCUCUUACCACAGCAAAUAUGAUUGUACCUAAUCUGGGUAUUACUUGCUUCUCAACAGCAAACGAUCUUAGUAUUAACAUUUUGAUUUUCAUUUCACGAUUUCAUUUGAUCAAAUCCAAGUUACGCUACAGCCAACAAUCAAUUUGAAUUUGAAAUUGUAACCGACUUCGGCUACAGCAGUCUGCGCGAACCUCUUCUUAACAAGUGUCACAGCUCACAAAGCCAAAUGUACACAAUUCACCACCACAUCCCAAAGGCACUAAUCGAAACCCUAAAAUGCCGAUACUGGUAAAGACAAACUUCUCUAACUCAACUCAAGCUCCUGUUGCAACCGGAACAACAAGAAGAAGAAGAGAUGGCGAAGCACUCGGCUGGGUGGUGGGUCCCGUUGCAGAAACGAUGGCUUCUGGCUCUGCUUAUCAUGCUCUCCAUCUCGACGGUGAUUGCCUUCUUUAUCAGAGCUGCCUUCGAUCCCUGCGAUCACCACCUGGAACUUGCCGAGAAACGAGUUAACUCAGUUCCGCAAAUCUCUGCUAAACCUAGCCCCCUCAGUUUCAUGAAGUCCAAACUCGUUCUCUUGGUUUCUCACGAGCUAUCACUUUCUGGUGGUCCGUUGUUGCUGAUGGAACUAGCAUUUCUAUUAAGGGGUGUUGGUACUGAGGUUUAUUGGAUGACAAUUCAGAAGCCAUCUGAAGAAGACGAGGUGAUAUACAGUUUGGAACAUAAGAUGUUGGACCGAGGGGUACAGGUCAUCUCUGCAAAAGGUCAAGAAGCUGUGGGUAUGGCUCUAAAAGCAGAUUUAGUUGUUUUGAACACUGCUGUUGCUGGAAAAUGGCUGGAUGCUGUUCUCAAGGAAGCUGUUCCUCGCGUUCUUCCAAAGGUAUUGUGGUGGAUCCAUGAGAUGCGAGGGCAUUACUUCAAACCGGAUUAUGUCAAGCACCUUCCUUUUGUUGCUGGUGCAAUGAUUGAUUCGCAUGUUACAGCAGAAUACUGGAAGAAUAGGACUCGGGAGCGGUUGAGGAUUAAAAUGCCUGAGACCUAUGUUGUUCAUCUUGGAAAUAGCAAGGAACUUAUGGAAGCUGCUGAAGACAGCAUUGCAAAAAGAGUUUUACGUGAGCAUGUCCGGGAAUCUCUUGGAGUGCGAAAUGAAGAUUUACUUUUUGCCAUAAUAAAUAGUGUUUCACGUGGAAAGGGACAGGAUCUAUUUCUUCGUUCCUUUUAUGAGAGCUUGGAAUUGAUAAAAGGAAAGAAGCUACAGGUGCCAUCAAUGCAUGCAGUGAUUGUAGGAAGUGACAUGAAUGCACAGACCAAGUUUGAGUCAGAAAUAAGGAACUUUGUAGCACAGAAGAAAAUUCAAGAUCGAGUUCAUUUUGUGAAUAAAACUUUGACAGUGGCCCCUUAUCUUGCUGCGAUCGAUGUUCUAGUUCAGAAUUCACAGGCACGAGGAGAAUGCUUUGGGAGGAUAACCAUUGAAGCCAUGGCAUUUCAGUUACCAGUACUGGGAACAGCAGCUGGCGGCACCACAGAGAUUGUAGUGAAUGAAACAACUGGUUUGCUGCAUCCUGCUGGAAAAGAAGGGAUCACUCCUCUUGCUAAAAACAUUGUGAAGCUUGCAACUCAUGUCGAGCGGAGACUUACAAUGGGGAAGAGAGGAUACAAGAGGGUCAAAGAAAUGUUUUUAGAAGAGCACAUGGCAGAGAGAAUAGCUACAGUACUGAGAGAAGUCUUACAGAAGUCUAAGAGUCACUCACAUUAGAUGCAUUUUAAGGUACUUUUAACCAUCAAGCAGAUCCCAUUUCAACCAGAACUGUAGUGUUGAACAUUGUGUCCAAAAUUAUGUAGACUAGAAUGAGAGCUCAAUUUUCUAUAGUGUGAUGUAGUUUUCUAUUUAUGUUACCGCUGCUUACAUGAAGCGCUGUACAUUAUGUACAUAUAAGGCGUCUUGUUAGCCUUUCAGUAUAGAUAUGCCUUUUUCAUUUAGAUUUAAUUUAUAAAAGCUCAGUUGUGUCACAGACUUUGAACUG